AUGGUAACCAAUUUGAUAAUGGUGUUGUGGAGGAUGGCCCAGCACAAUUGCAAACAAGGCAUUAUCACUCGUGAACUUGUUGAGCGAGCUGCUGCUUUGGAAGACAAUCGAGACUCAGGCACACCAAAGGUCUUGAGGGAUCUUCGUUGUGCCUAUGAGCUCAUCCUGGACCAUAAGCACACCAGAUUGCGGGUGAUGGAGGUUGCCAGAGCUAUCAAGGAAGCAGCCAGUGCUACUCCGCCUGCAUUUAGCCCAGGCGGUUCCAGAGGAACAACCCCUGGAGGAAGUCAUUAUGGCGGGAAUAGGUACUCAUCUGGUGGAAGCCACGAUGGAAGACAGUAUGGCAAUACUUACUCAUCCACAUCAAUGUCCCCCAGUGCUGCUGCUCAUGCAGGGUCACCAUCAAAUCAAGCUAGAUUAGCAGAAGAAGCGGCCAGAGCUCUCAUGCAUCCAGGUGGUGGGCACCAAUCCCAAUAUCAAACGCCUGGUCAACAGUCACCGAGUCCUGUUGGAGUAGGUGGGCCUCCUGUCGUGCAAAUGACUUCCUCCAUCCCGGGGAACACUGGCAUGAUUGCCCAGCACCAACACGGGAGACGAACACGUAGGUGGUAUCUGGGUAUUCAAAGUAAAAAGGACCCCGCACAUGUCAUGAACGAAGUGUACAAGGCACUCAUGGCGUUGGGGUGUGAAUGGUUGCAGUUGUCGUCUUACCGAAUCAAGU